AUGUCGGCGAAGCUGCGGGUGGAGGAGCUCCGCGCCGAGUUGCAGCGCCGCGGCCUCGACCCCUCCGGCACCAAGCCGGCGCUCGUGCGAAAGCUGGACGCUGCCAUUCGUAAGGAAGAGAAGGAGCCGGCUCCUCCUGCAGCCGAGACAUGUAAUGCGGAUGGCAUGGAUGGUGUGGUCAUGGACGGGGAAGCGGACAGCGACAACAAAAGGAAGAGAAAAAGGCGUGCUGGAGCCGACAAUGAGGAGGAAAAUGGCGUGCCGGCAUGGGCCACAGAUGUUACGCUGGAUGCGACACAGCUAGAGGGCAUGGGCUACCGUGAGCUGCAGGUAUUGGCCAGGGCACGGGGUCUCGCUGCUAAUGGGACCAAGAAGGAUGUUAUUGAGAGGUUACUCUCGACCCCUGCUAAUUCUGCGCCACUUGCUGAUGGUGCUGUUCAGGACAAGAAGAAAGUUGCAAAAGGUGGUGUUGGGGACGUUGAGGAGGAGGUGAAAAAGGAGAAGAUAGUCACAGCCACGAAGAAAGGUGCUGCAGUGCUGGACGAGCACAUCCCCGAUCACAUAAAAGUGGCCUAUCAUGUACUGCAAGUGGGUAAUGAGAUUUAUGAUGCCACCAUGAACCAGACUAAUGUUGGAGAUAACAACAAUAAGUUCUAUAUCAUUCAAGCUUUAGAAUCUGACGCUGGCGGAAGCUUUCUGGUUUACAAUAGAUGGGGGAGAGUAGGGGCACGAGGUCAACAAAAGCUACAUGGUCCCUUUUCAACACGAGAUGAAGCAAUAUAUGAGUUUGAAGGGAAGUUUGAGGAUAAAACUAAUAACGCUUGGUCCAACCGCAAGAAUUUCAAGUUUUAUGCAAAGAAAUACGCUUGGCUUGAAAUGGACUACGGUGAAGUUGACAAGGAAACAAAGAAAGGUUCCAUUGGCGAUCAGAUAAAAGCUACAAAGCUUGAAACUCGAACUGCACAAUUCAUAUCCCUCAUUUGCAAUAUAAGCAUGAUGAAGCAGCAAAUGAUGGAAAUAGGUUAUAAUGCUGAUAAACUUCCUCUUGGAAAACUGAGCAAAUCAACAAUACUUAAGGGUUAUGAUGUUCUAAAGAGGAUUUCCAGUGUUAUUUCACGAGCAGACAGGAGACAGCUUGAACAAUUGACUGGGGAAUUCUACACCGUGAUUCCACAUGACUUUGGUUUCAAGAAGAUGCGUGAAUACGUUAUCGACACUCCUCAAAAAUUAAAAGCUAAGCUGGAAAUGGUUGAAGCCCUUGGUGAGAUUGAAAUUGCAACUAAGCUUCUGGAGGAUGGUUCAAGUGAUGAGGAGGAUCCACUGUAUGCUCGAUACAACCAACUUCGUUGUGACUUUACGCCUCUAGAAGUUCAAUCUGAAGAGUACUCUAUGAUAAAAACAUAUUUGGCGAAUACGCAUGGGAAAACGCACUCAGGUUAUACUAUUGACGUAUUGCAAAUGUUUAAGGUGUCAAGAUAUGGCGAAACAGAGCGGUUUCAGAAGUAUGCUAGUGCAGGAAAUAGGAUGCUUUUAUGGCAUGGUUCUCGUCUGUCCAACUGGGCUGGGAUCUUUUCUCAGGGUUUGAGAAUUGCCCCUCCUGAAGCACCUGUUACUGGCUACAUGUUUGGAAAAGGGGUUUAUUUCGCUGAUAUGUUCUCCAAGAGUGCAAACUACUGCUAUGCUUCAGAAACAUCUAGAUCAGGGGUGUUGCUUCUCUGUGAGGUUGCACUGGGCGAUAUGAAUGAACUACUAACUGCAGAUUACAAUGCUAAUGACCUGCCGAAGGGAAAACUAAGCACUAAAGGAGUUGGCCAGAUGGCACCAAACAUAGCGGAGUCAAAGAUCACUGAUGAUGGUGUUGUUGUUCCACUAGGAAAACCCAAAGAGGAACCUUCAAAGAGGGGUAGCUUGCUGUACAACGAAUACAUUGUUUACAACAUAGAUCAGAUAAGGAUGCGGUACGUCCUCCAUGUUUCCUUCAACUUCAAGAGACGGUAGACCAGUUUGGUGAGAACCUGGAAGCUGGAGCCAAUGCUGUGAUCAUAACGUUUCCAUCACAGCAACCACUUUUGGGGCCUUAAAUCUUUUUCUGUGAGCAAAAUGUGUAGGCCUUUCCUCCCAUUUUAAGGCAGGAUUUCAGAUUCUGAUGGCUGAUCCUGUGUGUGUAUA